AUGGAACGCAACACAACGCAACAAAAGGUACAUGAAUUGCUAGCCAUUUGUACCAGGACAAGGCCACGAUGGCAGAUGCACAAAGGUGUUAGCUGGGACGACCCAGGUUGCGACGGAGAAUCGGAUGAGGGCGGCAACAAGAGGCGAAGAAGCAGGACUAACUUCAACAGUUGGCAGUUAGAAGAAUUGGAGCGGGCCUUCUUGUCGAGUCAUUAUCCUGAUGUCUUUAUGCGAGAAGCACUGGCUGUGAGACUUGAACUAAAAGAGAGCCGCGUGGCAGUGUGGUUUCAAAAUCGAAGAGCAAAGUGGCGAAAGAAGGAACAUACGAAGAAGGGCCCUGGAAGGCCGGCGCAUAAUGCUCAUCCGCAAAGCUGCAGUGGCGAACCUAUUCCACCCGAGGAACUGAGACGGAAAGAGCGUGAAAGGCGACAGAAGAAGUUGCUGAAAGCUCUCGAGAGACAGCAGCGGAAGCUCGCUGCUAAAGGCAUAACAGUGGAUUUAUCGACAUUGCGUGCCGAGUGGGAGUCUCGUAGCGAGGCAGCAUCGGGUCGCAGUUCGGGGAGCGGUCCUCUCAGCAAUUCAUUCGGUCAACUGGGUCUGAGCAACGACAGUAAUAACAUAUCCGUGUCCGGUAACGACGCUAACGAAGAGAUUGACGUGGUUGGCGGUUUAGACUCCUGUAGCGAGAGUGGCAGCGAGCGGGUGGACUCGGCGGCCGACGGUUCCGUGGACGGCGAAUGUUUUCCAGCGCUCAACAGUAACACGAAUGAGAUCAGCGAGCCCCGGAAGAAUCCCCCGCAAAAUCCGCCGAUGGAGCACCUGAACCACCAACCCGGUAUUCACCACUGGGGCUUAAGCUUGCUGGAGCGACGGCGCGAGCUGGUGGGAAUUGGAGCAGGUCGUCCGCCGACUGGUAAUGGCGCUAGAAAUCUAAUCAGGCAGGUUGCCAGCGAGGAGGAAGUCCAAAGCGGCAGCAUCGAUCUCUCGGUAAAAGGUAGGGAGGAGAGGAAGAGGCUGAAUCCGUUCUCCAUCGACAGUCUGUUGGGGAACAAUCGGACUAGUGCAGCAUCGGAUCGCAGGCCGGCGACGCCGACGUCGCCGACGUCUCCUGUUUCAUCGGCUUGCACGUCACCUUCUACGACGUAGUGAACAGGCGUGGAGAGAUGCCGAGGUGCGUCGGAUUAAAUGUU